AUGACAGAGAAAGAGAGAGAGACAAAAUCGACAGAAGAGAAUGCAAAGGAGAGAGAAGAUAAUGCUGGGGAGAGAGGGACAAUGAGGAACGAUGAAGAUGGUACCAUGGACGAAACCCAUACACAAAGUCACGACCUGAGAAGCAUUGAAGAACCGUUCGACAGUGUGAAGAAUGUUGAAGGAUCUGUUGUUGUUAGAGAUGAAAGAGGCGAAAUUGAAAGUGCUGAAACCAUGGUUGAAACAGAGAAAAAGGACUUCGAAGAAGGUUAUGAAAUUGAGUAUGAGUACGAGGAAAAGAAAAAAUCUGGGGAAAAAGAUAAGAUGGAUGAAGAUGAGGAUACUCUUGGUCGAUAUGAAUUUGAAAUCGAAGAAUCAGUCGCUGAAUUUGAGGAUGAGGAGCCAACUGAAAGAAACCAGAUACCAGAGAGUUCAGAUGACUCUUCUGAGGAUGAGAUCGAUGUGCGUGAGAAGAGAAUGAAAAGAAGAAGAAGUCAUGAUAGAUUAGCUUUGGGGAGUAGCUACUACACCUUGUAUGAGUUUAAAGAAGUUGUUUUGGAAUAUGCUUUGAGCAAGAGAAGAAACAUUAAGCAAGACAGGUGGGAUAAGACAAAAGUUUCAUUUGUGUGUGGCAUCGGUAAGAAGUGUAAAUGGCGAAUUUAUUGCUCAUAUGAUACUGAAAGUCAGAAAUGGUUGCUGAAAACGAAGUACAAGUUUCAUAGUUGCACUCCGGAUGGAAAAUGCAAGCUGUUGAAAAGUCCGGUGAUUGCAAGACUAUUUUUGGAUAAGCUGAGACAGAAAGCGGAUUUGAUGCCCGAGGAGAUUCAACAGAUUAUAAAAGAGAAGUGGAAAAUAGUCAGUACACGGAACCAGUGCCAACGAGGGAGACUUUUAGCUCUAAAAUGGCUUGAGAAAGAGUAUGAAGAGCAGUUUGCUCAUCUUCGAGGAUACGCACAGGAGAUCAUGAGAGGAUAUUGUAGGCCAAUUAUCGGUGUUGAUGGUACUUUCUUGAAGAGAGCUGUGAAAGGGGCGUUGCUAACUGCUGUUGGACAUGAUGCCAACAAUCAAAUCUACCCGAUUGCUUGGGCUGUUGUUCAAUCCGAGACAACUGAUAGUUGGCUAUGGUUUAUCAAGAAACUAAAACAUGACUUAGUUCUACAAGAUGGGAAUGGGUUUGUCAUCAUUUCAGAUAGAUCAAAGGGACUAAAAAGUGCCAUGGAGUCAGAGUUAACGAAAGCUGAGCAUAGAAAAUGUGUGAAACACAUUGUGGAGAAUGUGAAGAAGAAUCAUGCCAAGAAAGACUUGCUGAAACCGAGGAUAUGGGAUAUUGCUCGGAGCUAUACGAAGUCAGAAUUUGACUACAAUAUCAAAAAGUUAGAAGCAUACAAUUUGGACUUGUACAAUGAUGUUAUGAAGGAGCUGCCGGAAACUUGGUCUCGAUAUGCUUACAAGCUUGGAAGCUGUUGUGAAGACGUUGACAACAACGCAACAGAGUCCUUUAACUCCACCAUCACAAAAGCAAGAGCCAAAGCAUUGGUCCCGAUGCUUGAGAUGAUAAGGAGGCAAGCAAUGGUACGCAUCGCUAAAAGACACAAAAUAUCGAUGAGGCAUGAGGGGGUUUGUUCAGAGUAUGUAGCUGGUCUGCUUGCAGAGGAGAAGAAAAUCGCAGAUGAGUGUGUGACGACACCUGCAACCCGUGGAGUCUUUGAGGUCACUGUAGAUGCCAAUUCAUAUAAUGUCAACACAGUAAGGCAUACAUGUUCAUGCGGAAAAUGGCAAAUAAGUGGAGUUCCGUGUGAACAUGCUUAUGGAGCAAUGAUCGAUAAAGGUAUGAAUGUUGAUGAAUAUGUCUCAGGCUUCUUCUCUACGCAUAUGUGGCAAUAUAUUUACAACACCAAUCUAGAACCUGUUAGAGGACCACGAGUAUGGAUGAAGUCCGGUUUAGGAUUGAUAGUUGCUCCUCCUGAGCCUGAUCAACCUGGGAGAAAGAAGAAGAAGAAGCAAAAGAAGUUUCCUAGAAUAAAAGGCAAAUUUGAAUCACCAAAGAAGAAGAAGAAGAAGAAGAGGGAAGUGGAGAAGCUUGGAAGGGGUGGUCGGACAGUCCAUUGUGGUUCAUGUGGUGAGGCAGGCCAUAAUGCCAACGGUUGUAAAGUCCAUCCAAAGAAGAAGAUGAAAAAGACACACCAAACCGUGGAAGAGGGCACUUCUUCUCAUGUCCAUGAAGAGAUCAGACUUACACAGCCUACUCAAUCUACUCUAGCUCAAGACUAG